AGGAAAGAAAAUGUUAAAGUCCGUUAACAUUGUGAAAUAGUUGUCUAUCAAAUACUUUAUCAACCAAAUCUGCUAUUCACGCUUCGAGUUGAUCAACAUGCCGAGGGACGUCGGAGCAUUCUUAGCCGAACAACAGCGUAAAAGCAGCGGCGAUGUUGCUACAGAAUGGGGAGAGCUUGAAGAACUGUAUAAUAAAAAACUGUGGCAUCAGUUGACCUUGAAACUCCUGGAAUUUGUAAAGAAUCCGAUCUUCACCAAAGGAGAUGGGCUGUUACGGCUGUAUGAAAACUUCCUUGCUGAUUUUGAACACAGGAUCAACCCCCUGGCUCUCAUGGAGAUCUCUAUCUACAUUGUGCGCCAGAUAACAGAUGCAAAAGCAGCUAUAGAAUUUCUGGAGAAAAUCAAAGACAAGGUGAAGAGCAGUGACGAGGCCAAGGUUCUGUGUAUCACAACCAUGGGCAUGGUCAAACUGAGGAACAAAGACUUUGACGGCACCAAGGUGUUAGUGGAGGAAUGCAAGGGUAUCUUGGAUGCUUUGCACGGUGUGACAUCGGUCCACAGUCGCUUCUAUGAACUGUCCAGUAACUACCACAAACUGAUGGGGAACCACGCUGACUACUACAAGGAGGCACUGCGCUACCUCGGCUGCACCGACCUGGCAGAUAUAGCAGCAGGGGAGCAGGUUGAGAGAGCCUUCAAUCUUGGGCUGGCGGCCAUCUUGGGGGAUGGAGUUUACAAUUUCGGAGAACUGCUAGCUCACCCCAUCCUGGAGACACUGAAAGGUACCGAGCGAAGCUGGCUGGUAGAUCUUCUGUUUGCCUUCAACAGUGGAAACAUUGCCAAGUUUGAUGACCUCAAGAAACAGUGGCAGACACAGGCUGAUCUGGCAGCUCAUGAAGUCAGCAUGAGACAGAAAAUAUCCCUUCUCUGUCUGAUGGAGAUCACAUUCAGGCGGCCAGCCACAAACAGGCAGAUGACAUUCGCUGAGAUUGCACAAGAGGCCAAGGUUCCUCUCAAUGAGGUUGAGAUGCUGGUGAUGAAGGCACUGAGUCUGGGACUUGUGAAAGGAUCAAUAGAUGAAGUCGACAGCAAAGUUCAUAUGACCUGGGUGCAACCUCGUGUUCUAGACAUAUCGCAGAUCUGUGGUAUGAAGACACGCCUGGACCAGUGGUGUGAGGAUGUCAAACAGAUGGAGCGACUGGUAGAGGUGCGAGCCCACGACAUCCUCACAUAGCUCCACACAACACAUCAUCGUCACUCCAACAUCAUGUGUAGCAUGGCUCCCGUCGAGGCCGUCUCUGGAUGCUGAUGGCAGGACUGCAUUGUGACACUUGUCUGACAGUAACUGCCAUACUGCCUCCUGCAGACAAGUUGGGGCUGUCUUUAAUUGGGAAUGUCAGGAUAGAUAUAUUGACCGAAACAGGAUAAUAACAUGUCAGAGCAUUACCUACAGCAUUUCACAGGACACUUAACCUCCCAUUAGUGUCAAAAGAUUUGUUUGGGAGUGUAAUCUGUUGCAUAAAUAUCUGACAUUUUCCAAUUGUACAGCUGUUGAUAGACAAAAUACUGUCAUAAAAGUUGGCUUCUUAAAUAUUCUUAAGGUGUAAUAAUAUUAAUUGUAUCAGUAUAGUUGAUACCAACUAAAUAUUCCUGGGUAUUUCUGCAGGAAAAGGUGUAUUUUCAACAAUGAACCAUAAUACUUAUAUAAAUUACCUUCAUCCGUCGGCCUGUAGUGUUAAUGAUGAUGUGAAUACGCACAGCUUCAUAUGGAGUGAGGCAGAACACAGACAGGUUCGGGGCAAGGGCGGUCGGGAACAAUGCUGGACUGCUACACAUGUUGUUGUCAUUCCAGUUAUAUUGUGUUAAUACCAAGUUCAUGUAUUUGUCUGCAUCGCCAUCUUGAAAUGAAAGGUCAAUAAACCUUCUGUAUUUA